CUCAGUCACAAUCAGUUCUCUAGUCGCCAAAGUCGCUCGCCAUACCUAACACGCUGGCGACAUGAUCAUCAAGCUAUUUACAUGCUUGGUGACAACAUCAAUAUUCAUAUCGACGGUUUGCUGUUUUCCACAACAAGCGGAUCACCAUCACCAUCAUCAUGUCGACUAUCAUGCUGAGCCACACUACAAAUUCGAAUACGGAGUACACGAUCCACAUACUAAAGAUGUCAAAUCACAGCACGAAAUGAGGAAGGGGGAUGCACUCAAGGGAUACUACAAGGUUUUAGAACCAGAUGGUGUUGUCCGCGAAGUGCACUACACAUCGGACAAGAAGAACGGCUUCAAUGCAGUGGUGAAGAAGCACGGUCACAGUGUUCAUCCCAUUCACUACAAGAAGCACAAGCAUGAUGAAGCCCCUGGUAACGGAGGAGGUGGUGGAGGAGGUAGCGCAGCUGCUAGUCCAACAGCUGGAGCAGCCUCUCCUUACGCACAGGAUGCUCCUCCCGCCCACUACGACGAGGAACACCACGACGAGGAGGACUACUGAGCGGUGAUACUGUUGCAAAAAUGUUGAUGAUACGAUUGCAAUAGUAUUUGAUACUGUUGCAAAUGAUUUUGAAACAAUUGCAUAGCAUUUUAUACAGUUGUAAUAGUAUUAGAUACCGUUGCAAUAGUAUUUGAUACAACCAGGAGCAACGGAAAAUACCACCAGGAGUAACGACCAUGAACAGCCAUCAAUAUUACUGAUACGAUUCAGGGGACCACAACUAGGGGAAUAUGAUGAAGGUGAACACAAUCAGGGGAUAUACUAUUCUAGGAGGAUCAAGGAGCAAACCAGAACCAUCAGGGAACAUAUCAUACCAGGAGGAUUUAGGUGCUAACUAAAAAUUCCAUGAUAUGUAACAUACCAGGAGCAGCAAAACUACUUCAAUAAUUAGUCAAAUGAUCAAUAUUUAUUAUGAAUAACAUUAUUGGAGGGAAAAAUAACUGAGUAAAUGAAAGAAUGAUGGCCUUGAGAAUAUAAUAUAGUAUGGUAUAUAAUAUAUUAUCUCAAGAUAGAGGUGAUGUCUAUUCAGGAGGAUUCAAAAGAAGAAGCUGAUAGAAUACAAUUAUUGUCAGAGCUAUACAACAGAUAUCUAAAGAAGAAUUUAGCUACUUUAUCAUUAAUGUACAUUAUUAAUACAAUUCAGGAGACCAGAACUAUUGUAAUAAUAAAAAUAAAGAAACUAAAUCAGGGGAUAUAGUUAAACGAAGAAGAUUCAGUAGCAGAAGCGUUCAGAGUUUUAAGAAAUGUUCAAGAAAUUAAAUUGAGAAAAGAGUAGUUAUUUUGUCAGAAUGAUAUAUUUGAUUACUAUGAUCGAAAUGGAUUGGUUCAUUGAUUAAGAUAUUGACUAAAAAAUAACUGUGGAUUUUCAGCAAAGAAAGGUAAAUAUAGUGAAGUUUUUAGGUACCGUAUUGGAUAAAAGUAAAUGAAGGAUUAUAAUCUGAAUAUGGAUACUUGUAAACUCGAACUUCCUUUGUUGGAAUUUUGAAUGAGAAUAGUUAUUUGAUGGUUUUUUUAAUGAUUUGAUAAGUUAUAGGAAUUACUCAAUCACAAAAGAUCUCAAUGGAAUAUUAGUUUAGUGACAAUAAUCUCAUAGAAGAAAGAUUCACGUGAAUUGGACUGUAUACAAUUUUCACUUGUUAAACAAAAUUGAAUUCUACACUGUUCCAAUUUUCGUUCACCUACAUUCAUUGUGAAUCAUUCUUUCGAAUAAUAAAUUCGAUCCUUCAUGGUCUUGGUUGGUUUUUGUUCCAGCCCAAGUGAAAUAGUAUAUUGCUCUUAUUGUUCGGAAUACCUCUAGCGAUAUUAAUUGUUGAAUAUGCUAUAUUAUGCCAAUCGAAUUUUGUAUCAAUAAAAUUAUUUAUUAUUUUUUA